AUGGCACGCGGCCAGACAGUUAAACGGAGAAGAUUGAGCCCCCCGGCUGACGAGGAGGCCAACGGAAAGGCCGAAUACGACGCCGAAUGGGACGUCGAGCAGGACUACGAGCAGCGCCCACGCAAGACAAACAAAAAAGCCAACGAGCGCACCCGGCUACCUAUUAAGACCUCGGAAGGAUUUGUCCAUGCUGAGGAGGAGCCUGAGGUUGAGGACGUGGCAGACGACACAGAUAGCUUUUUGGGCACUGACGAUGACGAGGACGGAGAAGGAGAGUCUGAGGUGGAAAUCGAGGAGAAAAAGCCCAAAAUUCCCGUGAAGGUCCAAAUUAUACAAGCAAAGGAAGACCUAGCUCGUAUUGCUACCUCGAUCAACGAAGAUCCCGAAGAAAACAUUGCCCUAUUCAAGACAAUGGCUGAUAUGGUGGAUAACCCUGACUCCCCCGUCACAGUCAAGAAGUUGGCUCUGGCCUCCCAGGCGGCUGUAUAUAAAGAUGUCAUUCCAGGUUAUCGUAUUCGCCCCCUCUCCGAAGAAGACAUGACUGGCAAGGUCUCGAAAGAGGUGCGCAAGCUCCGCAACUUCGAGCAGACCCUUGUGUCGGGAUACCGGAACUAUGUGAACAAGCUGGCCGCAUUGGCCAAGCCAGGUCGACAGGCGAUGUACCAAAAGGAUAAUGGUCUGAAGAGCGUUGCUAUUAACUGCGCAUGUAGCAUGCUCCAGGCAGUUCCACACUUCAACUUCCGUCUUGAGCUACUGAAGAUCAUUGUGAAUCGACUUGCACGGAAACAGGUAGAUGCCGACGUUGUGAGGUGUCGUGAGAGUUUGGAGGAUGUCUUUGAAAAGGACAACGACGGUGUAGUGUCUCUUGAAGCCGUCCGUUUGCUCGCAAAGAUGAUCAGGGCCCGUGAUUUCAAAAUCCACGAGAGUGUUCUGGACACAUUCCUUCAUCUCCGUCUGCUAGGCGAAUUCGGCCGACAGGCUUCGCAAAACCGGGUAGAUCGUGAGGCUGAGGAAGAGCCAAUUGGUGGGAAAAAGAAGAAGCAAGUGCGCGAGUUCCGUACCAAGCGCGAGCGCAAGGUCGUUAAAGAACGCAAGAUUGUUGAAAAGGACAUGAAACAAGCAGAUGCUCUUGUUUCCCAUGAAGAACGCGACAAGAACCAAGCUGAGACACUGAAGCUCGUCUUUGGUGUCUACUUCCGCAUCCUUAAGCAGCGUAUCCCCCAUUUGAUGGGCCCCGUGUUGGAAGGUUUGGCCAAAUACGCCCGCUUGAUCAACCAGGACUUUUUCGGAGAUUUGUUAGAGGCAAUGAAAGAUCUCAUUGGACACGCUGAACGUGACGAGCAAGGUGAUGAUAACGAGAACGAAGAACAAGAUGAGGACCCCAGAUCUGCUAUGAACGAUACAACGACUCGCGAUGCUCGCCGUGAGACCCUGCUGUGCACCAUCACUGCCUUUGCUCUGCUCGAGGGCCAAGACGCCAGCAAAGCCGCCUCCGCUCUCCAUCUGGACCUCAGCUUUUUCAUCAAGCACCUAUACCGCUCCCUCUAUGCUCUCUCCAUCAAUCCAGACGUCGAGUACAAUCCCAAAACAUCUCUGCGUCUUCCGGAUCCCUACGCCCAUGACCAGUCUGCCAUUCAAACCCGGUCACGGAACAAGGUCAAUUUCCAGACUCCAAUGGUUCUGCUCCUUCGCUGCCUCCAAUCCGCCCUAAUUUCUCGCGUCCACGGCAACCCUCCCCCGAACCGACUUGCCAGUUUCUCCAAGCGUCUCAUGACCACCUCGCUCCAGCUUCCUGAAAAAUCCGCCCUUGCAACCCUCUCGCUCAUGAGCCAGGUCUCAAAGAACCACGGUCGUCGUAUUGCGGCGUUGUGGCACACCGAUGAGCGCAAGGGUGAUGGUGUAUUCAAUGCGUAUGCUCUCGAUGUUGAGGGUACCAAUCCCUUCGCUGGAUCCAUAUGGGAAGGCGAGCUGCUGCGUCAUCAUUAUUGCCCCCAGGUCCGCACGGCAGCCCUUGAUAUUGAGAAGAUAAUGAGUUCAACAACUUAA